CCGUAAAUCUGCUGUACCCGUCUUCGUAAAUCCGCGAGUUAAACCCGUAUAUCUUUGGCAUCGAUCGCGAGUCCCCCUUACUGCUGCUGGAGGAACCUUUCCUCUACAAUAAAUCAACCAGUCUUGGAGUUGUUUUCUAUUCAAAGAAGUGACAAAUACCAGGUUAAGAAGGUUGACGUGACCGGCUUCAGGAAUGGCAGUGUUUUCGCCGACAUGGAAGUCAUUUCAUCCCUCAAUGAUUCAAAAAACAAAGAGUUCGCUUCCACUUCAAUACAAAAUAUACUAAACGAAAACCUCUACAGCCCAGAACAAAAAACCCUAAAUGGAAUAGCCAUAGCAAACUUCAGCUUUAAAGAGUCACCGCCUUCUCCACUGAACCUGAAAAGCGUAGAAAUCAAAGCAACUAGUGUGUCUUUGUCAUGGGAACCUCCCAAGUAUCACCAAGUGUAUAGUAUCACUGGGUACAGACUGCAACAGAGAAAGGUCGGCAGAAUGCAGUGGGUACGGGGGCCAGUAGCCAAUCAGUACACAGGAAAGGUUGAAGAUCUCCAGCCAGAUACUGACUAUGAAGUGAUGGUAGCUGCACGUAAUGAGUAUGGGGAGAUGGGAAGUGAAAUAAUAUCUGUGAAAACAAAAGCUGACAUGACUGCGAUAAUAGUGAUCAGUGUAGUUAUUCCAGUCGUUUUGCUAGUGGUUCUGAUAAUUGGUUUCCUGGUUUGCUGGAGACAGAGACGUAAGCGAUUACAGAUAGAAGAACAGCUAGCCUUGGAGCAGAUAAACAGAAACGACUUAGCAAAGAUAAAAGCAAUGGAAAUGACAGAAUAUCUUCAUUUUAGUCCAGAAACAAUAGUUGGACUUGAAAACGAAUUAUUCGCCAAAAAAUGGAAGGAGAUUCCUCGAGAUUGUGUGGAGUUCAUUGGCGAACUUGGGUCUGGUGCAUUUGGUGAGGUGAAGAAAGGAAAGUUGAUAAGUGAAGAGAAGUCCUCAUACUGUGCCAUCAAGAUGCUGAAAGCACAAGCGACACAAAUUGAACUACGUGACUUGGUGAACGAGCUGAAUAUUAUGGCGAGUGUAGGCGAACACCCUAAUAUUGUACAUCUGAUUGGAGCCUGUUCUAUUGACGGUCCUCUGUGGCUUAUCCUAAGAUUGGCUGAGAAUGGUUCCCUUAUCAAUUAUCUUCAAUCCCAUCGUCCUGAGGACUUCCAUGAAUACGAGGACGACAUCGAUAGCGCAGCAAACGUUGGGAUACCUUGCAUGGAGAAAAUCAAGUUUGCGUUGGGAAUAGCUAAGGGAAUGAAUCAUCUGGCCGAGAAAAGGUGUGUGCACAGAGAUUUAGCAGCCCGUAAUGUUUUACUUGACCUAUACAACAAUCCAAUGGUAUCUGACUUUGGGCUGUCACGUGAUGUGUACGAGAGCGGUCAAUACGAGAAGACAUCUAUGGGUAAGUUACCCGUCAAAUGGAUGGCUAUGGAAUCCCUGGAUGACAUGAUAUUCACUGUCAAGAGUGAUGUCUGGUCGUUUGGCGUAGUGAUAUGGGAAAUUGAAACUCUAGGUAAACUUCCCUAUCCUGGUCUGAAUGGAAUGGAAUUAUUGUUGCAACUGAAGAACGGGUUUCGGUUAUACAAGACGAAAGACUKCUUGGAUGAAGUUUAUCGUAUAAUGGAAGACUGUUGGAAAGAAAACCCGAAAGAUCGACCAACAUUUAGCGAACUGGUAGAACGAUUGACACACUUACUAGAGAUAUACGCAGAAUAUUUAAUUAUACAGUCAACGAAAGAAUCAAACGAAGAAAAUCAAGAGUCCUUAUCAUGAUCCAUUAUAUACACAUCAGAAAUAGUUCUGUAGGGUAUCUAUUGUCGAUUCAUGGGACGCCUGCAGAAAGGUGGUGGUCAGGUUCAAGGUGUGAUUGGUUCAGCGACUGUCGUUAUUUCGUACCGUGACCGUGUCUUUUCGAGGAUAUGCGAAAUCUACUCUAUGUCAACGAUGACAUUCUUAGAGACUUGGCAAUACAAUGUAAAUAUGUCGUGAGAUUUUGGUAUCGAGGUGAAGUCCUCUCUCUGCUUUGGAAUCUUUCCUCCGUCCAAUAUCAAUGCAAAAAUAUUACCUAGAUCGAAUCCAGCCUACAUAGUGGAAAUGACGUCCAUGAUCGAGUCUAUGACGUCAUAUCUUUCCUGCCAUCCAACACGGUAUACCUCGUACUUAAAUGUAUAUAUAUGCGCAAAUUAAUGCUAAAAAUAAAUUAAAUAUUUCUUACCUUUAUUUGAAA